UACAACUCGUGGGGGCAGCAGUGUGAAUUAAGAGACGCAGUCUGCUGAGAAUUGAAAAGAUGUAGAAGAAGCAGCCCCGUUAAACCUCGUGAAGCGGGAACUGACAACUCACCGCUAUGGACUGGGCUCAGAGUGAGCUGCCGUCUCCGGUGGUUCGAGACGAUGAGGUAACGGUUGCUGCCCGCAGGAGGAGGAAGAAAGUAGCCUUCCCAUCACCCGGUAGCGGCAGCCCUGUCAUUUCCACAGUGACACCAGCCCGGCCCCUGCUCAGGAAUACACCUGCUUCACUCUUCAGACAGGCGGUUACUCCCAGAAUUCCAGAUGUUUCAUCCAUUUUGGCCCCAGGAGGCCGAACGCCUCGAUACACACACACGCCCAGAAACGCACUCAGCAGUCUGAAUCUGGACGACAGUGAUUGGACUAACAGCAUGUACACGUCGCCUGUUUCGGGUCUGGAGAACACGAGUUUCUUCAGAGAAGAUAUCGGGAACCUCAGCUCAGCUCUCCUAAAGGAGGAUGACCCAGGAGAGGCUGCCGCUGCCAGUCUUUUCCCAGAGUUCCUCGGGGCUUUUCUGAAACACUCUUCCUCUGCCGUGUUUGAGCUACUGGAUGAUUAUCAGGCACUCUGCCAGGAUAAGGUGGAUGUGCUGCAGUCUGUGGUGCUCAGAGCGGGUCAGAAUAGUAAAACAGCUGGCGUCCGUUGGCUGCUGCAGCAGGAGAACUGCACCUGGAGGCUCAUCACCUCGCUCUACAGAGAUCGGGUCCAGUUGGCGCUGGAGGAUGACCUCAUGACAGACAUGGUUGUGCCCAGCGAGAGCGAGAAGGUUGUAGUGGAGCAGCUUUUCCAGAGAGAUGCCGUCAUACGACAGAGCCAGCUGGUUGUUGAUUGGCUGGAGAGCAUUGCCAAGGAUCAGAUUGGAGAUUUCUCUGAUAACAUCGAAUACUACGCCAAAAAUGUGUGCUGGGAGAAUACUCUCCACGCACUGAAGAUGAGAAGGAAGAGCGGCACCACCUUCACAGUCCCUCUGGUCACUGAGCUGGACCCAGAUGCCCCCCUCCGGCAGCAGCGCCCCCUGGCUGAUCUGGACAGAGAGGACGAUGCCCGGCUGCUGAAGAACCUGUUCACACUGAUUAGAGCGGGGAUGACCGAGGAGGCUCAACGGUUGUGCAAACGCUGUGGUCAGGCCUGGAGAGCAGCAACUCUGGAAGGCUGGAAACUCUACCAUGACCCCAACAUGACCUCAGGUGGUAUUGAGUUGCAGCCAGUUGAAGGAAACCCACAAAGAGGGAUAUGGAAGGCCUGCUGCUGGAGAAUGGCCGAAGAGGAGCAGUUAAACAGAUAUGAGAGGGCGAUCUAUGCCAGCCUGAGUGGGAACCUCAAACCGCUGCUGGCAGUGUGCGAAUCGUGGGAGGACUGCGUGUGGGCGUAUUUCCGAGUGAUGGUAGACUCACUGGUUGAGAAGGAUCUCAUGUCUUCGGGUAUGGCUCAUCAUGAGGUGGAGACGUUACCAAGGGAGUACCUGGAGGCCAACUGGACCAUGGAGAAAGUGUUUGAGGAGCUUCAAGCAUCUGAGGCGAAGAGGGUGCUGGAGGAGACGAGAGAGCAUUAUCAUGUCAUCCAGAAGUUUGUCAUCCUGGGGGACCUGGAUGGCCUGUUGGAGGAGUUUUCCGAUUGGCUAACUGCAUCUAAACCCCUCCCCUCGCACUUGCUGCGCUUCAUGACUCACCUUGUGCUGUUCUUCCGCUCCUUGGGUUUGGCACUAAAGGAAGAGGUGUGCAUUGAUGUGGUGAAGGCGUACGUCUCCCUUCUGAUCCAAGAUCAGCAGACAGACCUUGUGGCAAGCUACGUCGGCCAGCUUCCCGCCGACCUUGCAAUCUCUCAAUAUGCUGCGUUCCUGGAGACCGUCACCCAGCCGGAACUCCGCCCCCGCUGCCUGCAGCUCGCCAUUGAAGCUGGUCUGGAUAUUUCUGCCGUAACCAAGCUGGUGGUGGAGACUGUGAGAGAGACAGACGACACAGAGUUCACGCACCAUAGCCAGACGCUGGAGACGGGAACUACGAAGGAGGACCAAAGGAAGAUUGAUGUCAUUGAUUGGCUCCUGUAUGACCCUGCCCACCGAGCUGAGUCCCUGAAGCAGUCAAAUGCCAUCAUGAGGAAUUUUUUGGCUCUGCAGAAACAUGACGCAGCCAAGGCGGUGUUCUCUAAAGUCCCGGAAGACUCGAUGAGGGAGAUCUGCUCCCAGUGGUCAGGAAUCAGUCAGACCACGCCGCUUCCUGCUGAGGACGAGAAUGCCAUCAGAGAGCACCUGUGCAUCAGAGCCUAUUUGGAGGCCCACGAGGCGUUCACUGACUGGUUCAGACACAGUAGUUCAGCCCCACAGAAGCCGGCACCGGCACCCGAGGCCAAAUUCACUGAGAGGGUAGCCAAUGAGAUGAGGGAAAAGGAGUACCAGGCCUCACUGUCCGCCUGGUCCUGCCGUCUGGAUGCUUUGACGGAAGAUGUGAAAGAGAGAAUCUACAAUGUUCUGCUGUUCGUGGACGGAGGCUGGAUGGUCGACAACAGACAGGAUUCUGAGCCAGACUCAGAGCGCAGCCACCAAAUGGCAGCUUUGCGCUCUCUGUGUCUUCCACGCCUCAGCUUCCUGCUGCUCAGCGUGCUGCAGAGCUCCUCGAGACACCAGGAGGCGCUGCGGCUCGCUGACAUCAUCUCGUCUGACCAGCACUGCCUCUACCAGGUGUUUUCUAAGGAGGAGCUGAGGAGGUUUCUGCAGAAACUGAGGGAGUCGUCUCUCGCUUUGUUGGACCGAGGAGUCGACCCGCUGGGCUACGAACUGCAGCCAUGAACGAAGAAACACACACACAUAGCAGUGUUUAAAGCGCUGCUGAUUUUUGUUUUGUUUUUCGAUUGUCUGUUUUUUUGCAAAAUAAAAAAAAUAAAAGCCUGUUUCCUGUAGUGCCUUGUGUAUUUUAAUUAGAAGCAGUAGUACACGAGAGCUGCCACAGGUGCCAAUUUGGGUUUUAAAAUUAAUAUAUGUACAUAUAAACAAAUUCUUUAUUUAAAAACUAUACAGUUAUUUAUGUUAGAAAUAUUUCCAAACCAUGUGCUACUGGGGUAAAAUAUACAUCAACCUCAAAAAUAUGACUUGAUUGUAACAUGAAUACUUAUACAGCCUCCACUUCACCCCACACUUCCCACAGCUCUGGGUCAUGUCAAAGAAAUUAAUAAAGCAUGAUCAUAUGUAUAAUUUUGAGGUAAAAUAAUUUCAUAAAAACAAAUUAGCAAUUUACUGAUCUUUUAACAUGUCCUGCUAAUGUAGACUGGUCUUUAUUUUGAAAUUAAUAAUUUAUUCUUGUAUUUAUGUAUUUAUUUAUUUAUUUUUACAUAAACAGGAAUUUUAUGGCCCAAACUGCUCAGAUUGGAUGAGUUUAAUGGUUUUAUUGUCGUAUCAGUGUGUUUGGGGAUUUGAAUUGAGAAAUUGUUGGCUUCCUAGCCACUAGGGGCGCCAUCUGACUAAGUCACAGCCUUUGAGUGGCGAGCGUUGUAAACACUAAGUAGAAGUAGCUCAACUGUCCGGGAAAUUGUUGGAUUAACGUCGUUGUUGGAUAUUAUUUCAUCAUAAGUGAAUUAGAAAUGUGCGUAAAUAACAGCUAAACUUUUCUGCGCCAGAUUUUAGCGCUCUAACUGCAGCAGAAGUCCGCGUUAGCAAGUUGAUAGCAUAUUGUGGCUAGCAGGCCGCGGAGCCUCGGGGUUUCUUGAUCAAGUUGACACGCGUUGAGAAGUAGCGCCGUGGACGCUGCUUUCUACCAACUCAAGUCCGUCUGCUCAAUCCUGGUAAGAUAAAACGAUCACUCUAAAAUAACUCUUUGUGCUUUAACACUAAUGCUUUUGGUGGGUUUCUAGUCUCUGCGUUUUUUUUUUAAAAUUACUGUUUAAAUAUACUUUUUACAUAUCCUUUAAAGCUUCAGCGUUAGCCGUCAAUACCGCAGGGAAAAUUGGAUUUAACUGUUCAGAUUGAGACGUUUUUAUAUCUGAUUUAUGGUAAUGUAUUACUAAAUUUUGUUUUUACUUCAUGCAUAAAGUUAUAAGUAGAUGUGUUUUUAUCCACUGUUAGCAGCCAGCAACUGAGCUCUUUAGUACCUCGUUCUGCAGACAAAACAAUAAUCAGCCUUUAAUUUUAGCUCCUGAAGUCUGCGGUCAGUUUGAAGUAUCUCCUCAUUAAUUUUCCUCCGAUGAGUGUGAGAUAAUACAAAUAGAGGUGAUGAAAGGUUCCGGCCGGGCUCUCUCAGAUCUGUGUGUGUAAGACACAAACUCAGACAGAGGAGAGUGAGCGGGACAUGUCCGGGCAAACCUUCCUGCCUUUCUGAGUUGUCACGGUUUAGCAGCUGACUCACACAGCCGGUCAGCUGUUUGCGGGGAAAAAUUACACACUCGAGGGCAAAAGCAAAGCCAAACAAGUACAAAGUGUACUGGCUUCACCUUGGCAGCACUUUUAGGAUCCUUAAAAGACAAGAAGUUUAUUUGUAUGCAAUAUCAGAUACUAGUGAUGUGCUCAUAAAAACAGAAGACAUGGGGAAGUGGUGCACACAGGAACAACAAUAAGAUUACUCAGGCUGAAGUAGUGAAAGUAGCACUGUAAGAUAAUUAGUUUAAGCAUUUUGUGUAUGUUCACAGUUCAAUGCAGAUAAAGUUAAUAAUAAUAAUCAUUCAUAAAAUAAGGUUAAACAUGUUUAUUUGCCUCACAUUGUUGCAUUAAUUAGAUUAUCAUAGUUGUGUUAACAAUUUGUGUUAAAUUUUAUUACAUGCAGUUUAAUUUCUGGGUCUGAAACGGCAAACAAAGCUUUCUUCAUAAUGUGGUUUUAUUCCAGGUGGAAGACUGUGAGGUACAGAGGCCACAGCCACAGCAAUGUGUAGACAAUGUGAAACAAAAUCAAUAGAUUAGUAAUUUAAUAGGAAAACGGUGACCACAUGCUGUUAGUAAAACAAAAACACCUCAGAAGUUAAAUCAUUACAAGAAAUAAGAGAGUUAAUAAAAGCUACAUAGUUCAGUAAAAAAGCAUAAAACAAUCAUCUUUAUUUAUCUCUGGAUUUAUUCAACUUAGAAAAAAAAGAAAAAACCUGAACAGCCAAAGCCAAAAACAAUACAAUUGUUUUCAUUUUUGAUCUGAUGGAUUUUGUGCUGUUAAUGUUAAUGAAAUUAUGUUGAUUUGCUUUAAGAUGGCUGAGAAUAUCUCGUAUUCUCAGCAGUUUCUGGUGUGUUUGCUGCUUUAAAUCAGAAUCAGACACUUUUGUUUAUCUGAAAAUGAACAUAUGCAGACAGCGUUAAGCCAAUCCUAAAGCUCAAUUUUGAGCCCGGUUGGAGGUUUAAUUUACCCAAGAUUAAUGGAGAUUUUGAUCAGAUAUUUAGCAGUAACUGUCAGAUGCAUUUCUUUUUUUUUCUUUUUUUUUUUUGUCAAAUGAGUUGGGUGCCAUCCCCAAAGAGCAAACCUGAACCUGGGAAUACCACAUAAUUUGGCCCAUACUAAUAUUUUUAUGUCAUGUAUGUUUUGUUUUUGUUUGCUGAUUAUUCCUGCAAAAACAAAAAGGAAAUCGUUAUUAGAAAAAUGUGAACUUUAAACUUAUGUCCCUGGUCAGCUGGUAAAUCAACAGAUAAACUUAUGGCUGUUUUUUGUUGAGCGUGACUUUUGAGUGCUGCUGUCAUGUCUGGCGACCCCGGUGUACUGUGGUCAGGUUGGUCUUCUCCAUCUCUGAGCCACUGCCAUUUGUAGUUUACAGCUCUGAACUGUGUGGGUGCACUUUAAAAUAAAGUCCUGCACCUCUGUGGAAACAGGGCUGUCUGUUUUUGCUUUGUUUUUUUUAUUUUUACAGUUUCCAGCAAAGUCUCACAGGCUCUCACAGGGUUGUUGGAAAAUUUAAAAUCCAAUCAAUAAAUGUCUUUUUACAGUAACCGAAAGAACAAGGUCCAGUCUUAGUCAUCAUAGUUAACCAGAUUUAAACUAAAAAGUGUGAAACCACAUUUUUGUUAAUCAAAAUAAAAACUCGAUUUUACAGUGUUUGAUUUAAAAGAAAGUCUGAAUGGGCCUUUAAGACAACCUGUCUAUGUUACAUUAUUUAACAGAAGUCUGUGCAUUUCAAAAAGCUACAUUUAGAAACAACAUUUUAAAAAACAGUGUGAAACUAACACUGAAACACAGAAAAAUAUUUAAAAAAAUAUAUUUUUGAAUGUAUAAUAAAAAAUAAACAAGGAAAAAAAGAACUGAAAACAGAAAAUUAAACAAAAAUAGAAAUAGAAUAGAAGAACUCUUAUUUAUGACUUAUUUCAAUAUAUUGUCUUUUAGGUCUAAUUUUGUGUUUUUGACUUGAGACCAGAAAGAAAAGGUAUAUGUAAAAAACACUUUUGGUUGGAAUAAAUAAUAAAUUGGAGAAUUAAGUAUUGCGCUGAUCUUCCCGGUUUCCUGUGCUCAGAUCAAGCAGGUGUUGUGCCCCUGAUUUGGCACUGGUUAUCUGGCUAAGACUAGUCCUGGUUAGUGAGAUAACCAGCACUCUGGUUAGUGUGGUUAUGUAACUUUGAUAGGAUGAGUCAAUGCAGACUAGCCCUGGCUUGUCUACAGAAGCUCUAUGAUUGAAUCAGCUGUUCCAGUCUUACGAGUACAGCUGAGUCAGGGCAUGAUAGGCCCCAGUCAGACUAGGCCAGGCCUUUAAACUGGUCUAGUCCUGACAUGUCUGAGCAGGUCUAUAAGAGGCUGCAGCUCUGCCCUGCUCCACUCUUUCUGCACUUUAUCUGCCUUUAUUUGCACAAGAUGAGCUGCUAAAACGGAUUUAUUUCCCCUGCAUAUACGUAAGGUAAGGUAGGGACUUCAUUUUAUUCCUUGAAUACUGGAAAACAUUUUAGACUUUUAACAGCUGAUUAAUUAAGCAUUAACCUGGUGCUAAUGCAAAAAGACUGGAUGGUUAUUGAGUUGAUCUGUCUGUCAGGUGUUGUGUCAGGACUACACGUUUGUGUUGUUAAAAACAAGCAAAGAUUCAGUAACUUUUUAAGCAAAACUGACACAAAAAGUUAGUACAAGCUUCUUUGAAUGUUUUCUGUAAAUAUGUGUUUUAUAUCGGUAAGUAAAUUCUGUUAAAGUCUGACAGUGUGAUGUUUUUUACAUUUUCUUGC